AUGACAACGUCAAAAUCAGACAAAAGAAGAUGGCUGAAACAUAUUCAGAAAACUAAACUAAACGGAACUGCUGAGGAGGUGAAGAAGAUUGUCAACACUCUUAACGAAGCUCAAGUACCUUCCCAGGAUGUCGUUGAGGUUGUGGUUAGCCCUCCAUAUGUGUUUCUUCCUCUUGUUUAGAGCACAUUAAGGUCUGACUUCUUUGUCGCGGCUCAAAACUGCUGGGUUAAGAAAGGAGGUGCCUGCUGGGUUAAGAAAGGAGGUGCCUUCACUGGUGAAGUCAGUGCGUAGAUGCUUGUGAACUUGGACAUCCCAUGGGUUAUCCUUGGUCACUCUGAAAGGAGGGCACUCCUCAAUGAAUCAAACGAGUUUGUUGGAGACAAGGUUGCCUAUGCACUUUCUCAAGGUUUGAAAGUGAUCGCUUGUGUUGGUGAGACUCUUGAGCAGCAAGAGGCUGGGUCAACCAUGGAUGUUGUGGCUGCCCAGACUAAAGCUAUAGCUGAUCGCGUGUCGAACUGGUCAAAUGUUGUCAUAGCCUAUGAACCAGUGUGGGCCAUUGGAACCGGAAAGGUCGCUAGCCCAGCCCAAACUCAGGAAGUAAGUUGUUUUCUAUGCGUGUAUGAUGAGCUUAGGAAAUGGCUUGCAAAGAACGUGAGUGAUGAUGUGGCUGCUACAACCCACAUCAUAUACCGAGAGGUAAACAAUAAAUAACGUCAUAUGACUAUAUUUUGAUUUAAAUCAAAUUCCAACACAAAGUUUCUUUGAUUCUCAGCUUGAUUAUGUAUAUAAAUUAUCAGGAUCCGCUCAAUGGUGGUAACUUCAAGGAGUUAGGUGGUCAGGCCGAUGUUGAUGGUUUCUUGGUCGGUGGUGCUUCU